AUGCCUCACGCAAAACGUAGGGCUAUCUCGCCAACGCUGGCUCCAUACGAAAGGAUACGACCAGAAGAAACCUUGAACGGAACACCGAAGCUUAAGCGCCAUAUCUUGAUCAUAGGUGCAGUUCCUUUCAUAGCACACCAUUUCCAGCGAGAUCUUGCAUCCUCUUUUAGAUUUCAGAUUACAGAAAAGAACUACGAUGUUGGAGAUACUUGGCUAGAAAACACUUAUCCAGGGUGCACAUGUGGCGUGCCAAGUGACAUCUACCAGUAUUCAUUUGCCCCAUCAAAAGACUGGUCCACGCUCUUUGAUUCGUCCGGCGAAAUUCAGAACUAUCUGUCACGAAUGGUCAAAAGGUUCUCGCUGCACACACAUAUAGAAUUCGACAUGGUAGUCGAGAAGUGCAUAUGGGAUGAGAAAAGACGCAAAUGGUUGGUCAAUACGAGAUGCGAAGGUAUUGUCGCUCAAGGCAGGGAGGCGGACGUUGUAACCAUCGCUGCAGGCAUUUUUAAUCAUUAUCAGAACCCAGAAAUACCUGCACUAGAGACUUUCAAAGGCAUCAUGAUGCACACCGCAGACUGGAAUCAUAUUGUUGACCUUGCCGGGAAAAAAAUCGGUAUUAUUGGAGCAGGGGCCAGCUCAUUCGAGAGCUAUUACAACACCCUUUUCCCUGUCUUUUACCGAGACUCGUCGACGCAGCACCGGAAGCGACAGGAGAUGGCUGCAUGGAUGUCGGGACGGAUCAAAGACGAAGACAUGCGCCAGAAGCUCGUGCCAAAGUAUGAGCUGGGUUGUCGCAGAAUCAGUCCUCGUGAGUCCUUCCUGGAUGCUAUCCAACAGGAUAACGUGGAGUGCGUCUUCGAACCCAUCGUGUCUUGCAAACCCAAGGGACUUCAAACUCAAGCUGGCGCGAAACAACUGGAUGUUAUCGUUGCGGCUACGGGUUUCAACACUUCUUUCCGCCCAUGA